AUGCCUCUUCUAGUCUCACAUGCAAAAGUUGACCACGUCGAUGCCCUCACCGGGCGCCUCGCAGCAGUUGAACUGAAAGAAGAAGAAGAAGCAAGAAACCCAAGAUGUUUCAACCUAUUCGCACCUUACCUCGAGGAAGGCUCGCCCCGUUUUGUGGAACAUUUGACUCGAAAAUUAAUUCCAAAAAGACUCAGCAGUUUGCGACAAAUUCAUCAACUCCUGGUGGACGAAUCUUGCCCGCUCUACCGGGCCGGACGGGAAUUCCAGGUAAAGCAUGGGAUCUCGGAGGCAAGCUUCCAGAAUUGGAAAGAACUGGUGUGUGGAUGGCUGGACUUCCCGGUGAUUCUGUUACUCAACCCCAGUCCAUUUGACGUACUGGGGUAUGAGCAAAUGUUUCAAAAAUCGCCGACGCUGGGGUGGUUGGAGAAAAACCUGGAGGUGAUGAAGCUUGAGCUACAUAACGUGAUCGUAGUGGACACGUUUCAAAUGGUCUCAGAUGAAUUGCUGGAGUCAAAGCGGUCCGCAGAAGAUCGGUCUGAGUUGGUGACGGACUCGUUGGAGCACAGGUGGACGUGCCUACGGUACAUCCCACUGCAGAUUGUUAUUUCGUGCCAGUGCAGCAGCAAAGCCAGGAACGAGAAGUGGGAAUCUUCUGGGGGCCUUAGGGCGGAGGAGCUGUCCUCUUCGGAAGCCGGGGCGCGACAGGAACUGGUCAAGAUGAUGGAUGUCGACGGGCAUCAGAUGAUGGAAGGGGUGCUGAAGAAGUUGUUCACGAAAGUUCUGGGAACAUUCGGGCGGUGGAAAGAGCGGCGGCUGGCCAAACGGAGGGAGGCGGCCCGGGCAGAGGUUAUCCUGGUGAAGGAGAGUGUUAGAGAUGGGAUGAAAUUGUUGAUGAAGCAGAUGCAGUUGUUUGGCCAGAUCUGUAGGCAGGAGUGUAAAAAAGAUGCCGAAUUAUCAGAGGCAGCGAAGAGGGUGGAGGAAUGGCGCAAGCAGAUAGAGGAUUGGGCGGGUGAGAUGGAUGACUGA